AUGUGUGUCACCAUUCGAACAGCCCUCUUCUGCAGUCUUUGUCCCACAAUUCACUGCGACCAGCAGCCUUUGAAAAAGCGGCGCGGCUCAUUCAAGAUGGCGGAGCUGGAGCAGCUGCUGGAUGAGAGCACUUCAGCAAAAGCGCUCGUCAGCCUGAAAGAGGGAAGUUUAUCAAGUACAUGGAAUGAAAAACACACCUUGCCAAAGACCCCAAACACAAAGGGAAGGAAUUCCUUUUCGUCUAUGGAAACACCAACCAGAAGCUCCAAAAGAAGUCGCUUGUUUUAUGAGGAGGAUGACAAACCGAUAAAUUCAAGAUCUCCAAGAAGAAGUCAGAGAGUUACAAUGGUGCCCCAGAAACUUGCAACUGCUGCAACACCAGAUAAAAAAGUAUCACAGAAGAUUGGGCUCAGAUUGCGGAAUCUCCUCAAACUUCCAAAAGCGCACAAGUGGUGCAUCUACGAGUGGUUUUAUUCUAAUAUAGACCGGCCAUUAUUUGAAGGGGACAAUGACUUCUGUGUUUGUUUGAAAGAGUCGUUUCCAAACCUAAAAACCAGAAAAUUGACCCGAGUAGAAUGGGGGAAAAUCAGAAGAUUGAUGGGAAAACCAAGACGGUGUUCAGCAGCAUUCUUUGCAGAGGAGAGAUCGGCAUUAAAGCAGAAACGACAGAAAAUCAGAGUACUGCAGCAGAGAAAGGUCACAGAUGUGUCACACUUCAAAGAUCUUCCAGAAGAAAUCCCACUGCCUUUAGUAAUAGGGACGAAAGUGACAGCUCGACUGAGAGGUGUACAUGAUGGGUUGUUUACUGGACAGAUAGAUGCUGUUGAUACCAUUGCUGCUACCUACAGAGUAACAUUUGACAGGAAUGGCCUGGGAACACACACUGUUCCUGACUACGAAGUACUUAGCAAUGAACCUCAUGAAACAAUGCCCAUCUCUGCCUUUGCACAAAAACAGCGGCCUUCCAGAUUCCAGACCUUCAUGACUCCACCCCACAUGCCUUACACACCCUCUGCCCAGUCUCCUAUCACGGAUAAUGAUCCCUUACUGGGACAGUCGCCUUGGAAAAGUAAACUAAGUGGUUCUGAAGGAGACACCUUGGGUGGCUUUCCAGUAAAAUUUCUUGUGCAAGUCACAAGAUUAUCCAAAAUCCUCAUGAGCAAGAAGGACCAUAUCAAGCAGUUAAAAGAAAUGAACACGGAAGCUGAAAAACUGAAAUCCUAUUCAAUGCCAAUUGGUAUCGAGUUUCAGAAGAGGUAUGCCACCAUUGUCCUGGAUUUGGAGCAGCUCAACAAAGACCUGAACAAAGUUUUGCACGAAGUUCAGCAGUACUGCUAUGAGAUCGCUCCAGAGCAGGGCAUGCAACCUGCAGACCAGCCGACAGAUUUGCGGAGAAAAUGUGAAGAGGAAGCCCAAGAAAUGGUCAGACAGGCAAACACUUUACCAAGUGGGCAGCACUGUGUCCGGAACGAAAGCCUCACGGAUCUUAUUUCUGGGCUUUCAGCUGUGUUGUUGCAGAUAAAGUGCUUAGCUGAAGGGGGAGACUUGAACUCGUUUGAAUUUAAGUCACUGACGGAUUCAUUGAAUGACAUCAAGAGUUCAAUUGAUGUUUCAAAUAUCAGUUGCUUCCAGAAUAAUGUAGAGAUCCAUGUUGCACACAUUCAGAGUGGUUUGAGCCAGAUGGGGAAUCUUCAUGCUUUUGCUGCCAAUAACACCAACAGGGAUUGAUUAUUAUUUUUUUUAACAAUGUAUGUUACAGUAGAAGAAACAACCUUGAAAAUCUCUACAAUGUAAAUAUCUCUCAUAAAAGUACCCACAUAUCCACACAUGGACUUUGUUUUAACGUUAAUAGUUUAUACUGUUCAAAGUACUUUGGCAUUAAUACAUAGACUUGGGGUAUUUUAUGUAUCUUGCACACUAUGUGCAAGAGUUAAUUUUUUUGUGGUUUUUAUAUUUUAAAGGCUUCAGUCUGGGUUUUUGUUCUGAUGGCUAUUCAAGUUUUCUUUUUUGGAGGUUUAGGGUCAAUGAGUCUGUCCUUUUGUAUAGUAAUGAUUGAUGCAUCUGAUUGUGUAAAAGUGGCUGUUGCAAACAUUCAGUAUAGGAAAGUGUAUUAACUUAUGGUGUAUUUAUGUUCUCUGCAAUCCACUAAAAUGUUUUUUUUUUGUUUUUAAUUUUAUCUUUUACUGUGGAAGUGAAAUGGAAUCCUGGAUAUGAAAUUAAGAUGUCUGUCUUCACACAGGUUCUAGGCCCCAUGCUGGCCGGGGCUGAUGGUUUUGUGUUUUGCCGUCCCCUUCCCCCUCCAUCAAUUUGUAAGAUUUAACAGAAAUCUGGUUCAAUCACCACUGUCCGUGAUAUAAAUAUCCUGGGUUUUUUUGUUAAGGGUUUGGCAACAGCACUCAGUUACACAAAAAUACAUCAAAACAGACUGCUGAUGUUAUUUAUAUGCUGUACCCACUGCAGACUCUCAAGGCAAAAAAAAAUCUUGUAAAUCUUAUCUUUUAAAUGCAUUGGCUAUCCUUGUCUUAAAUUCUUAAUUUGUUAAUCUACAUUUUUAUGAAACCACACAUUUCUUUAAAAGCGGUAGCUUCAUAUGAGAAACUGUAUUCACAUGAUUGUGAUUCUCCUAUGAUUCCAGCUACUAGGAAACUAUGCAGACAUAUCACAGACAAGCUGGAUACAGGUCUACAUAUGAAGCACUGAUUUUGAAGAAUUUUUUUGUUACUAUGUUGCUUUCAUAACUAAGAUUGAGACAAUCAUAGCAAGUAUCAAUGCAACCAAAGUAGAACUUACUAAGUUUAAAUUGUGUUUUUAGUUCAAGAUUUAGCAAAACAAAUGUGUUACAUGCAUUAAAUGCUUCAAAGCAAUAGUGUGGUGAUGUUGUUUUCAUUGAGAUUUUAUACCUGCAGUAUAAUAUAUUGAAAUAAAUUCUUAUAAAAAAAAAAUACUGCAUAUUUUAAUGUAUUCAAUGUUAUAUUUUUGUGGUAGCAAGGCCUUUUUUUAAAAUUUAAAACAGCUAAAUAACAUUGUGCUUUUUGUAAUGUUUAUCUAAAUAAUAAUAAUAAUUGAACAGAUUAUUGUAAAGUUUGACGUGUAAUUACUUUCAGGUUUAAAGCUUAUAGGGUUUGUUGUGGAAAUAUUGCUUUUGGGUGCUUCUAAUUUGGAGGUGACUUUUAUAGUUAUGGAAGUACAUUUAAAAAAAUGAUUUCAACUAGCAAUUUGUGUACAUGGUUAUUUAACAAAUGUACUUUUUUUCCCCCUAUUUUUUAAUAUAAAGUGGCGUCUUGUAAAUCCAGCACUGCUAGGUUUUCUUCCCACCCCCCCGGACUGUUCAUUUGCUGACGGACUGUUUUGUAAAUUCAAAGGUUGAUUUCAGAAAUAUGUUUAGCCCCAGCCAUCAAUGUAUUAACAUAUGUAUCUGAUUUUUAUAUAGCACUGCAGCAGAGUUCAAUGUACAGAAUGUCUACAAAACCUUGCACAUUGCUGUCUCAACAACUUGUUUGUACAUAAAGCUCAUUUAUUCAUGCAGUUAUUUUAAAAUAUUAAACCGUUAAAUGUUAA